CUUGAAGUUCUGGUUUUUAAUAAGUUAUUGUUUAUGUGCAUAUAGUGUUACGAAACGGUACGCUGAAAAGCCUCACGUAACCGUGGUGGGUCUCCCCACUGCGGGCCCAAACACCACUUGGUGCUGACAUUUGUUCUUGUGGCGCGAUGAACACGCGACGCUUCACCAUGAUGCCCGGCCCUAGGCCGUUACCGCUCUUGGGCAACUCGUGGCGUUUCGCCCUAAGGCAGAAACCUUGGGUGACGUUUAGUUUGGACCAGACUUUAUGGUACUUGAAGAAUCUCGCUGGAUCAUGUGGUGCUGCUAAAGUGGCCAAAUUGUUCGGCCAUCCUGAUUUAGUGUUCCCAUUCUGUGCCGACGAAACUGCAAGAAUAUACAGAAGGGAGGAUACGAUGCCCCAUCGGGCAGUCGCACCUUGCCUCAAGCAUUAUAAGCAAGUUUUGAGAAAGGAAUUUUUCGGUGAAGAACCGGGACUAAUUGGAGUACAUGGCAUGCCGUGGUCGAAGUUCAGGUCCAAAGUGACGAAGGCUCUUGCUGCUCCCGAAGCCGCAAGAGCCGCGGUGCCAACUCUACAUUACGUAGCCGAAGAUUUUAUUUGCAGAAUGGAUAACAUUCUGGAUGAAAAUGGCGAGCUACCCAAGGACUUUCUUACAGAACUCUACAAAUGGGCACUUGAAUCGGUCGGUGCAUGGGCUCUUGGCACAAGACUGGGAUGCUUACAGGACAACGAUAACGAAGCCCAAGACAUCAUAAGGAGUAUCCACGGUUUCUUCCACAGCGUACCUGAAUUAGAACUGUCUGCUCCUCUAUGGCGUCUCUACCCUACGACCGCUUACAAGACAUACGUUAACGCACUAGACUCCUUCAGAUCUCUGUGUUUAAAAAGACUGACUGAUAAGGGCAUUUGUGCUCACAUUGCCCAAAGUCAUGGCAGAAAAGUUGCCACAAUACUGGCUUUAGAUCUAUUGUUAGUCGGUGUUGAUACAACCGCAGCGGCGGCAGCUAGUACUAUUUAUCUGUUAGCCAGAAAUGAAAGGGUUCAGAAGAGGUUGCAAGAGGAACUCGACGCCAAUCUCAUUACUGAUAAAGAGAUGACGUGUAAAGAUUUGGAUCAGUUGCCGUAUUUACGAGCUUGUAUAAAAGAGGCAUUAAGAAUAAAACCAGUAAUAUUAGGAAACGGCAGAUGCAUUCAAUCAGACGCCAUAAUAUCCGGUUACGAAGUUCCCAAAGGAUCACACAUCGUAUUUCCGCACUACAUUUUAUCAAAUGACGAAAGAUAUUUUCCGUCACCACAAGAAUACGUCCCUGAGAGAUGGGUAAGAGAAGAUUUCGAUAGAAUAAACGGUUAUACAGAAGAAUUCGACUACGAAAGAGAGUCGUUGCACAACGCUGAGGAUAUGAAAUCAGACUAUUGUCGGACAAAGUCAAUUUGGCAGAAACAAAAGGAGGUCGGAAUACACCCCUUUGCCUCACUCCCCUUCGGCUUUGGUAGGCGCAUGUGCAUUGGAAAGAGAUUCGCGGAAGCUGAACUACAAUUAUUAUUGGCUAAGAUGUUCCACAAGUACUCGGUACGAUGGCGCUACGGCGAACUGACAUACAGUGUCACACCGACGUACAUACCGAACGAGCCAUUGCAGUUUACAUUACUACGCCGACAAUAACAUA